AUGUAUCGGACUGUGAAGACAACUGAUCGACCGGCCACCUCUUCUGACCAAACUAAACCCGUAGAGAUUUCUGAUGACAACUUGCUCAAUAUCCGUGGUUCAGAAGCCUCAAUUCAGCACGGAAGAUCGGGUGGUAGUAAUAGCACUAAUCAUUCUGGCCUAUGGAGCAAUACUUCAAGCAGGGGAGGCUGGUUCCUUGACAAACCAAAGUAUUCAGCCACUGGGGGCAUAAAAUCUUUCGAGGACAUACAAUCCAAAAGCUUCGAGAUUGUAUCGGAUUUAAACUCAUCAUGCCUCUCAGAUAUGAGCACAAAGAAGCCCAAUCUCGAGUUCACCUUGGGAAGGCCGCAUUGAAUCUUUGGCUUCUCAUCUGCAUCAUAUGAUCAACUAGGUGGAGAAAUCAGGUGCCUAAAAGAGCUAGAAUCGCAAAACAAAAGAGAGAGAGAGAGAGACAAAUUAAAGGAGACCAUUGAGGCAGAAAGCAGAAAAAAGGAGACAUGAGUUUGAGAGGAGUAAGUAAAAGCAUGUGCAACCUGAGAGAUCCCAAAGUCUAUGAUCUCUGCCUAAAUAUGAAACUGGUUCAUAUUGUUUCAAGAUGCUAAGAGUGAGAAGAGAGGGUCUCCUUUUACUAUCAUAAAGGCAUAAAGCACUGAAGGGGAUGGGGCUCCUUCGCUCUCUUGCAUGUGCACGUGCUUUGCUUUGUAGUUUCCCAACAAAGAGAAAGACACUAAUCAGUAGAAUAUUAUAUAAUAUAAUCAAACUCAAAUGCGAAUUUCUAUAGCUUAUCCAAUCUCGAGUUCUUUUCAGAUCUUAAAUCGGUGCGGUGAUAAAUUAGUAACCAUCAGGACUUUUGGCUUAGCUUGGUAUGAGGAAGCAAAACAUAAAAUCUUUGUGUGUACCUUCAUUACUGAGCUAAUGUUUGUAUACGUGUGGGCAUGAGCACAUGUGUACAUGCGUGUGGCCUUAAUUUGUUAAUGUGAUUUGAAUUUUGGAUAUAUUUUAUGGAUUUAAACUAUGAUUCGAU